CACAAUUCUCCUCCAUAUUUCAUCUUUCCAUAGUUUAUCAUUUAUUCUUCAUAAUUCUUCAAUUUUUUGCUUCAAUCAUGGCCGGAGGAAAGAAGACCAAAGCUUCGAAGAAGAAGGCCGCCGCCGAGGCAACGAGUUCUGCGCCUCAACCCUUCUCGUAUCUCGACGGGUCCUUCUUGGAGUUCGGGUCGGAAGAGGAACUCUCUCGCUUCAUCACCUACUUCGCCAAGCGCCCGAUCUCUCCUCCCCGCGUGCUCCCGGAGCUGUACCCUCAACAAAAGGGGUACCACGACCUCGACAAUCAACUCAAAGAGUCGGGUCUGUGGCCGUUCGUCUCCAGAAGCCAUCAAUCAUUCAAUCCAGCCUAUGUUCGGGCUUUUUACUCCAAUCUCCGCCGGGACGGGGACACCAUCCGGAGCAGCAUCAAUCUCUAUGACAUAGAGUUUGACUUGGCUACUUUUGCUAGGGUCGCAGGGCUGCCUACCCGCGGCGACGACAUCGCGUCAUACGGAGGCGACGAUUGGAUCCUCAACAACGAGGCCGUCGUCAUUCGUGAGCUCGGGAUCACCACCUUGAUCCGUCACAACGGCGCACCGACGAUUCACUCGGCCCCACCGGAGAAGCGCCUCCUCCUCUACAUCAUCACCCGGAUCCUUCGCCCUCGGGACAGUAGCCACACCAGUCUCUCCAACGAAGAUCUCAAGGUGGUGCACGCUAUCAUCCAUGGCGCCUCGAUCAAUUGGGCAAAAUACGUCAUGAUUCACAUGACGGAUUGCGCCUCAAUCGCCACCGAAAGGAGCUUGCCAUACGCCUUCCUCGUCAUGGACCUCAUCGUCUCCGCCAACAUCCACAUCGCCGGGCCGGACACGAAGAUGACGAAGCUGUGGAUCAUCCAAGACAGCACCUUCGGGAAGAAGUCCGGUGACGAAACAGGCGCUGGACCGAGUCGGGCCCGUGCCCCUGCCCCUGCCACUGCCCCUGCUCCCGCUCGGGCCUCACUACAGUCCAUAGCCGAUACCCUGAAUCGGCUAACCGUCACCGUGGAUGGCAUGGGCCAGUACCUGGAGAGGAUGGACUGUUCGAUUCAACGCCAAGGCCACGACAUGCGGGCAUACUUCCGCGGCAUCAACUACGUCCCGCCACCCUUUGACAGCACCUUCCUCGGCCAAAACUAUGAAGGCGAGGACGAGAACGACAACUCCUAUGCUCCGUCCUCCUCCCCCGACGAGGCCGACUUUGAGGACGCGGUCGACGGGGAUCCCAUGGACGUCGAGGACGACGAGGAUGACGAGAACGAAGACGAUGAUGCCGAGGACGAGGACGCCGCUGCCUAGACUCUUCUCUCUCUCCUUUCCCCAAUUUGAUUGCAAUUUUUUUUAUCUAUCUCAAUUCCGCUGUACUCAGCAUUUUCUCAUCCUUAAUGAAUAAAAGUUUACUUUUAAUUCCUAAAAUUCAAUUUUAAUUCUUUUUGUUAAUGUCAAAAGGGGGAAGAUAUCAAGGUUAUGCAUAAAUUGAGGGGGAACUA